GGUCAGUAUUUUGAGCCGGCUUGAGUGAUUGAAGACAAUGGCAGGGCAGGUAACGGACGCUCUGUGUGCCGUGAAGAGGAGGAUGGCAGCAGGGGUAGCGGCCCAGAGCUCCAGGCUCGACCACGGGUAUUCUUAGGCCGAUAAUACGGAUUUGGAUGUUAUUGCUUGAGAAUACACGUAGCUGAGUGGAAGCCAUUGGCUCCAAGGGCCCCGCACUUCAGUGCAAACUGCAGCUGCCAUUUUGGGUGUUGGAAGGUAGGGAAGAGGCUCCAACACUGACCCCCCUCCCCCCUGCCAGGGGUUGAUGCCUACAGGAAUGGAUGUCAUGCCUUCCGCUUAGAAAAAUGGGGAUGGGAAAUGUGCCCCGCAUUUCAGUCUGCAGUGAAGUCGGGUUUCAUUUGUGUGUGGGAUUGAGGCCACCCAAAGAGCAGCUGAAUGGGACCUGACUGUUUCUCAAGCUUCGCUUUGGCAGGCGCGGAGAUCUGGAGGGACGUCGGUGGGCGGAGCCUGCGGCGUGACGCAGAAUUCCAUUCAUUUGUAAAGUGCCGAAAUAUAAAACGGCGCAAUGAACUUUCUGAGCGGUGAGCCGCGAUCGCUGCUCUGUGUCCAACUUCUGCUGCUGUGGCAACCUGCGGAUAUAAAGAUCUUGCAAAACCGCUAGAAAAUAUCCGAAAAAGUACGUUUUAUACGAAGUUAGGGCUAGUUUGUAGGCGUCGAAGGACGACAGCACACUCAUCGAUAGACCUAUGCUACUGUCAUCAGGUAUUUUUAAAAUAUUUGGCAUUUUUUUCCUUUUUGCAGUUAAAAUUACCUUAAGGAGAGCAUUUAGAAGUUAUGAUUGCAGAGUGCAAAUAUUCUUUUUAGAGACAGGGACUUAAGCUUUGUAGGAGACUCGGUAACUUUGUUAUGCACUAAAGCAGUUGACACGUAGACUAAGACUGGAUUGUCAGGUAGCUAUGCACGCAAUGGAAACUUACAAACUAACUCUACUAAAUUUCGCUGUGGAAACAUUCACCAGAAGACUGUUGUGUUAUUUAAUAUGCUCAUCGACAUAUUGAUUUCAGUAAGGAAGCGAUUAGGGAUGGAGAUGAGAGAGCUGGCAGUGGUGGGCGGCAGCUUCCUGUCUUUCCACCUGCUCUUCUUUGUGGUCAGUCCGCUGCUCUCCUCGGCCGUCACCCCCGCCUACAGGCGCCUGCCCCCCAGCAAGCUCACCGAGUGGAACUCCAGGGUGGUGUCCACCAUCCACGCCCUCAUCGUCGGCUUCUUCUGCCUGUACAUCCUGUGGUUUGAUGACGCCGUCAACGUGGAUCCAGUGUGGGGAGACCCCAAGCUGGUGCAGAUUAACGUAGCUAUAGCCUGCGGUUACCUACUUUACGACCUGGUAACGGUGACGUGCUACUGGAGUACGCUGGGGGAUGGAUUUUUCGUGUGUCACCACUUGGCUGCGCUCUACGCAUAUGGAUACGUUCUGACGCGGGGGGUGCUUCCAUAUUUCGCCAAUUUCCGCCUCAUUUCGGAACUCUCCACCCCCUUCGUGAAUCAGAGGUGGUUCUUCGAGGCUCUGUCCUUCCCCCGCUCGGACACCCUGGUGGUGGCCAACGGCGUUGCCAUGGCGGUGGUCUUCUUCCUGGUCCGCAUCGCCGUCAUGCCUCCUUACUAUUUGCGGGUGGUGGCCACGUUCGGCACUCCGGCGUUCCACCGGCUCGGCCUGGGCGCUCAGACGGCCUGGAUCCUGUCCUGCAUCUGCCUGGAUGUCCUCAACACCGUCUGGAUGUACAAAAUCGCCCGAGGCUGCUACCGGGUCCUGACCGCCCACAAGACAAAGAGAAACCAGGCCAACAACCACAAUGACUGAGGGAGGAAGCGGGGGUCUCUCUAGGGUGUCUGUUUUAAUCAGAGCCGACAUAUUGUGUCGUUAAACCUGGAUUUAAUCGUCAGGGGAAUUGUUAACGGGACGGUAAUUAUAUGACCAGUAAAUUACUGCCCCCCCCCCAUCAGAUAAAAUAAUGUUCCGAGACUUUUUGCCUCUGACCUCUGCACCCCCCCAUAAAGAAGCCAGCAGGACUUAGUGACAGCCACCCCAUGUCACCCGUCAGCAGGAGGAGAACCUUGCGGGGACGCCCCUGUCCCCCGGCUGCCUGGGAGGGGCCAUCGGAUGGAGCAGUUUUCCCUGAGGACAACACACAUGUUUUGGGAGGUCUGGACCCGGGCCAGACCCCGUGAGGAUCUCGAGAACGCGGCCUGACUGCCUCGAGUGAAGCGGCGCUUCCUUUGAAGACUUGGAUUCUCUCCACGGUCUGUGAUCCCUUACCUCAGAACUGGGAACAACCAGCAUUUGUUGGCAAAAAGUUUCUUGACAGUUCCUGUCAUGUUCUAGGAGUGUCUAACUCAGACUUCACAGCUCAGUAUUGGCUGAUACAGAAUGGGUUUGCUCUUAUAAUGGUCCAUUAAUCCCCAUUCCUGCAGGAAAGUGUUCAGUUUGGGAUUUCUCUAAAGCACUUCUUUGCAGUUGUGUUCUUAAGCUGUCAGAAAACCUGAAAAUUUUCUAUGACACACGGUACCAGACGUGUCUGUGAGCACGUAAAGGCUGAGGUUACAUGGAUGUCGUGGCACCUUUGCAUGUUCCCAGGGCUCUUGACCUGUGAGUUCAGUGACAUGUGGACAGAGUCAGCUGCAGGGAGCCUGGCUGUGGUUUUGUAAUGGGCACCAUGCCUACAGGCGUGUAAUAUUUGUCUGUUCUAAACUGCUUCAUCUCUGUAAAUUGGUGACAGUCUUGACUGUAAUUUUUAAUUUGACCAGUAGGGUUUCUGUGGUACGGUAGCUUCCUCUCUUUAUGGAGCCACAGGGAAAAGCGCUUGUCUGUCCUCCCCCCUCUCCCUUUUAACCCCCCAUAUCCUCCCAUAAAUACCUUGGGUCCCGCCAUCAGAUUUCAUCUGGCACUGACACUGUUUCAGAUCAGGGGUCUUGGCUGCUGUUCUCAUAUUUUGUCUUUGUAGGUGUAUAUUGGGACUUUCCUGGUUCUUGCUGCUUGAAGCCGAUGGUUCUGAUGGUUCUUAUGGUUCCUCCCAAGCCCUAGAAAAGACAGGAGAAUAUGCUGGAGAUGUGCACGAAUAACAGAUUCCACAUCAUCCACUCAGACCUCUAUGCUGCUCCAUUACUUUCAAUUUAUCGUUCAUUAUAUCGUCUUAAUAUCCUUUGUGGCGAAUAUCAAACAAGUUUUGUGGCUCGAAGUGGAUUCAAACUCUUAUGCAAUAAUCUUCUGUCAUUAUGGUAGUUUUUACUAAGGAAUCAGCUCAGCUAGUUUUAAUGAAAACUUCUUUGGUAUUAUUUGUGGGAAAAAAAAGCUGAAGUUGACUUCACUGUGAGCACUAAAUGUCUGUUAUGUGACAUCACCUCAAAUGUACUUAAUGUAUAAACAUCUUGGGUCUUCUUUUUUCUGUUACACAAAGGUCCCGUGUCUUUGCCCAGUACAGAUCAUGACAGAUGACUUAUUACAGUGUGUGGGUAAGAGGUGCAUGGUUUUACUUGUACACUGUGCAUAAAAAUACAGUGACAGGUGAACCCCUUCAGGGGUAUGACGCACUGUGUCACGCAGCUGUGUCUGAAUCCAGUUUGCUUCUUCCUCUCCUCUCUUGCCGUUUGUGGUCGCAUUUCUCCAACUGUAAACACAUAGACAGGCCGACCUGCUAAGAUUUUAUAUUAACUGCACCUUUGUAAUACAUUUAUAACACAUUCAUAUAGAACGUUGCUUGCAGACAUUAUGAAGAUGCAGUUUCCAAAAAUAGUAAAAGUGGGACCCAGUUGGUCUGGGAUCCAGACCCAUCUGGGACUGUCUGAAGCAGCAUUUGUGCUGCAGUGCUGCAUCUGUCAUUUCCAGGGGAUGCAGCAUGCACUGCUUUUUUACUGCAUCUCUGCUCUUACUCUCCUAGUCAAGUUCAAUAUCUGGACAGCAAGUGACCCUUUGUGGCAUUUUAGACUUGCAGAGUCGUAUAAUGAUAGAAUGAAUUAAAAUUUGUGAAAAAUCAAAUGUAUGUUUGUGUUUGGCACUUUUAAGGUAUGUCUUAUUCUACGGGCGAGACUGUCGUGACAGUGUGCGACAACUGAGCAGAACGGAAGGUAUUCAUGCGGAAAAAGCAAAAUAGUUCAGGUUAUUCAAUAGUUAACUAUGAUGGUAAAUUAAACUUUUUCUUCUAUAAUAAAGGAUUUUCUGUUAA